AUGCUACCUACAGCAAUAUCAUCACGGUAUACAAAGUCCAUACUAAGACGUCACUUUUCUAGUUUUCAGGCUUCAGUACCAACAUGUAAAGCAGUCGAAACUCCUACCACUACGACAAAACUCAAUGAAACACAGGUGUAUGUUGACUAUAUUAAUCGACCUGUAACGUAUCCAUUGGAAAAGAUUAAGGUCGUACUAUUGGAGAAUAUUCAUCCUCGUGCUAAGGAAGUCUUUCAACGAGAAGGAUAUACCGUCGAAACGUAUAAACCUGCUUUAUCCGGUGAAGAACUUGCUCAAAUUGGUGGUGAUGCACAUAUUUUAGGUAUACGAUCCAAGACACAAUUAAAUGCCGACUUUUUCCAGACGGUCGGAUGGCACGAACAUCGAUUAUGGGCGAUAGGGUGUUUUUGUAUUGGUACAAACCAAGUUGCACUCUCUGAUGCUGCUGCCAUUGGAAUUCCUGUGUUUAAUGCUCCAUUUUCAAAUACACGGUCAGUGGCAGAGAAGACAUUGUGUGAGAUUAUUGCACUGCAUCGUAAGCUCUUUUUACGCUCUACAGAGCUGCACCAGGGCAUUUGGACCAAGUCAGCUACUGGUUCUCAUGAAGUGCGUGGUACGACCUUGGGCAUCGUUGGCUAUGGACGCAUUGGAUCUCAAGUAUCGGUAUUGGCGGAACUUCUAGGUAUGAAGGUGGUUUUCUACGACCCUAUAAAGUGUCUGCCUCUAGGUAAUGCACGGCAAGUGGAUUCGUUAGAGGAGCUGUUGGAGAUGGCGGAUGCCGUGACUCUCCACGUGCCAGCAACAACAACGACGAACAAAAUGAUUAAUCGUGAGACGAUUGCACGGAUGAAGGAUGGUGCUCUAUUGGUCAACAAUGCACGUGGUACGGUCAUCGACAUUGAUGCUGCCAAAGACGCUGUUGAAUGCGGCAAGAUUGCUGGAAUGGCUGUGGAUGUUUUUCCCAAGGAACCGGCUAAGAAUGGCGAGCCGUUUGAUACGCUCCUGCGUGGUUUACCAAACGUGAUCCUCACCCCCCACAUUGGUGGCAGCACGGAGGAGGCCCAGGGCAACAUUGCAGUGGAAGUAGCGUCAAAAUUGGUGCGUUACAUUAAUGAAGGCUCUACAACAACGUCUACAAACACCCCGGAGAUUGACAUGCUGCCCACUCGCAACAACUCCAUGCGUAUUCUUCACAUGCACCAUAAUGUGCCUGGCGUGUUGAGCAAGAUCCAUUCGGUGCUGUCCGACUACGGCAUUAACGUGACUUCGCAGUAUCUGCAGUCGGACCCCCGUCACGGCUACAUUGCGCUAGAAGUGGAGAAGUUCCACGCCAAAGUGGUAACACGCGAGCUCAAGAAGAUCAAGGAGACCAUUUUUGUGCGUACUAUCAUAUAA